UUUACCAAGCCCCGCUGAUUGUUGUCAAGUUGUCAGGUGCGUCAAAACGUUAUCUUGCGUGAUGUCAUUGCUGGCUAUAUUUAAAUCCGGAGAACUCCUUUAAUAGCUCUAACAUUGCAUGUUAAACGUUCGGACGUGCUCAUCCAAACCUGCGCCAGAUCCUUUGCUGUUGGAGACAAUGAACCUUUACGGCGUUCUGAUCACAUAUUUGUUGGGGGGCCUGUGGAGUUUGACCGAGGUCACCUCCUACAGUGUGUUCCGGAACUUAUUCCAGCCAAAGACCAAUACCGGUUGUGUAUACGAGGGACGUGCGGUUCCGGACGGAGAAUCCGUGGCCCUGCCAGGGUCUUGCCAAACACUGAAAUGUUACGGAAACAAGUUUCAGAAAUCAAACGAAGACUGUGCCACCAUAAUGUCCUCUACGUUUCGGUGUCUUCCUGGGGAGUCCAAUGUUGACCAGUCCACGUGUAUCAAGUCCACUUGUUUUGUUGACCAUCAGGGCUACAGUAUGAAGCACACUAGGGGGUGCAAAAUUAACGGGAAGUGUGUGUUUCCGUCCGACUUCAAGGAUUCCUUCGGACUGCGGUUCCUGUGUCACAGAAUGACGUGUACGGGUAAAGGCUUCGUCCGAUCCCAGCGGAAAUCCCUGUGUUCCAAAGACGAUCUAUGUCGUACAACGCAAUGGAUUGACGCAUUCAAAUGUAGGGACUGAAAACACAGAAAUAUAUGAACUGAAGCAUAGAGAUGUAGAGACUGAGGCAUAAAGAGAGAGAGAGAGAGAGAGAGAGAGAGAGAGAGAGAGAGAGAGAGAGAGAGAGAGAGAGAGAGAGAGGGGGUUAGUUAGUUUUAUUAAUUCCUCUGUUUGUUAUUUUUCAUUUUUAUUUUACACAAGUUUUUUAGUUGUUAUGUUUAUUUUAGAAUAACUUGUAAAUAAAGGGAAAAAAUAGAAAAAAUAGUUUACUGG